CGAGGCGGGGGCGGGGCGUCGCGGGCGGUGGGGGCGGGGCAUGGCGCGCUGCGCGGCGCUGGGCGGCUGGCACAAACGGCGGCGCCGGGGCCGGAGGAAAAAGCUCGCCACCCUUUCGGGUCCCUUACCAAGCCCGUAGGGACCACAGAGGAUUUGGGGAUCGGCGAGCACCCCCCAGGGCACGAGAGGGACCUCAGCCGCCUGCCCUGCCUCACCCUGCCCUGCCCCACGCCAGGCCCAGCCGCCCCGGCCUUCGGCUGCAUCAAGUGGAGGAGGCAGAGGCGGAGGAGGGUGGCACCAUGGGCCCGGGCCGUGCCCUCCAUGCCCGGGGGAUGAAGACACCGCUGCCAUGGACAGCCCAUGCCAGCCGCAGCCCCUGAGUCAGGCUCAGCCUCAGUUGCCUGGUUCUGCAACCGAACCCUUGGACACUGGUCGGGCCAGGAUGGGGGUGGAGAGUUACUUGCCCUGUCCCCUCUACCACCAUCCCGGAGCCCCUAAUGAGGCACUGGGGAGUGGGGGGCCCCGCGCCGUGGCCACUUCUGCCACUGCCAGCCCCCUGCGCGAAGGAUUCUGCGGACACGAUGGCGGCGAGCUGUGGGCACUGCAGAGCGAAGGUGCUGCGGCUCUGGUCACCAAGGGGUGCCAGCGACUGGCCGCUCAGGGCGCCCGGCCUGAGGCCCCAAAACGGAAAUGGGCAGAGGAUGGGGGGGAUGCCCCAGCCCCCAGCAAGCGGCCCUGGGGCAGGCAGGAGAACCCUGAGGCAGAGGGCGAGGCGGAGGGGGAGAGUGGCCGUGGCUGCAGCAGCAGGGGCAGUGGUGAAGCCAGCGCUGGGCAGAAGGAGGAGGAGUCGGCGGCACCCUGGGCUGCCGAGCGCCUGGCCCUGGACUACAUUGUCCCCUGCAUGCGGUACUACGGCAUCUGCGUCAAGGACAGCUUCCUGGGGGCGACCCUGGGCGGCCGCGUGCUGGCCGAGGUGGAGGCGCUGCAGCGGGGCGGGCGCCUGCGCGACGGGCAGCUGGUGAGCCAGCGGGCCAUCCCACCGCGCAGCAUCCGCGGCGACCAGAUCGCCUGGGUGGAAGGCCACGAACCCGGCUGCAGGAGCAUCGGGGCCCUCAUGGCCCACGUGGACGCCGUGAUCCGCCACUGCGCCGGGCGGCUGGGCGCCUACGUCAUCAAUGGGCGCACCAAGGCUAUGGUGGCAUGUUACCCUGGCAACGGACUGGGCUAUGUGAGGCACGUGGACAAUCCGCACGGUGACGGCCGCUGCAUCACCUGCAUCUACUAUCUGAACCAGAACUGGGACGUCAAGGUGCAUGGCGGCCUCCUGCAGAUCUUCCCCGAGGGUCGGCCAGUUGUGGCCAACAUUGAGCCACUCUUUGACCGGCUGCUUGUCUUCUGGUCCGACCGGCGGAACCCCCACGAGGUGAAACCAGCCUAUGCCACCAGGUAUGCCAUCACCGUCUGGUAUUUUGAUGCCAAGGAGCGCGCAGCAGCCAAAGACAAGUACCAGCUAGCGUCAGGACAGAAGGGCGUGCAAGUGCCCGUCUCCCAGCCCACCACGCCCACCUAGCACCUUCCUGGGCCACAUGGACAGAAGCUUGCCCAGGCUUCCAGAGCCAGCCUCAGGCGCUGCGCCUUUCCUGCCACUGCUGCUGCUUCCGACCCUGCCUCUGUCCUGCCUGGUGUGGAGGGCAAGGAGGGAUCUCUGCUGGCCCAGGCUGGGCUCGUGAAUGGGGCAGUGCCCACUCUUCCUUGAGCUGGGGUCUGGCCCGCCCCAUCGUGCCCCUGGCAGGCGUGGGCAGCUGGAAGGCAACAUGGCCUCUUCCCGCCAGGAUGCAGAAUCUGGAACUGGGCUGAGUCAUGGUCUCUUGGCUGGCAAAGGUUUGUGGGGGGCGGGGCAGGGAUCUCUGAUUCCCCCACCCCCCCCAACUCCUCCAGUUGGAAUGUGAAGUGACUCCCUGGCCCUUUCGGCCACAGCGCCUAUCGGACUGGGCUGCAGGAUUCUUGGGCAGGAUGAAGGUGCCGGGAGGAGCAUGGUGUCCAUCCCGUCAGCCACGAAAUAAAAGUUUACCUCAGCUGCA